UGAAACUGGGGAUGAUUUGUUUACACUGAGAUGUUGCGGGGCGACGGAUUUUUGUUAAAAGUAGAUUUUUUUUUCACCCGAGGGAUUAGGAGCCAUAAGGAUUUGUGUCCAUAGUCCCAAAGUGAAGUUGGACCAGCAUGGAGUGCAGCGAAGAGGUGACUCCCCACCUUAUGAUGGCUGUGGGAACAGCUGUGAUUGGAUCGCUGCAGUUUGGCUACAACACAGGUGUCAUCAACGCUCCUCAGACUAUCAUCGAGGGCUUCUACAAUGAGACGUGGAUCAGCAGGUUUUCGCAGCCCAUCCCUCAGAGCACUUUAACAGCUCUGUGGUCUCUCUCCGUGGCCAUCUUCUCCGUGGGAGGAAUGCUUGGCUCCUUCUCCGUCGGCCUCUUCGUCAACCGCUUCGGCAGAAAGAACUCCAUGCUCAUGGCCAACGUGCUGGCCUUCAUAGCUGCUGUGUUUAUGGGCUUCUCGAAGUUGGCCACCUCCUUUGAGAUGCUCAUCGUUGGGCGUUUUAUCGUGGGUCUCUACUCUGGUCUCUCCACUGGCUUCGUUCCCAUGUAUGUGGAGGAAAUCUCCCCCACGUCUCUCCGUGGAGCACUGGGGACCCUGCACCAGCUCGGUGUGGUGAUCGGUAUUCUCAUGGCACAGAUUUUUGGGAUUGAGUCCGUGAUGGGGAACGCUUCCCUGUGGCCGCUCCUGCUGAGUUUUACUCUGCUGCCGGCCUUGCUGCAGUGUGCCCUGCUACCCUACUGUCCUGAGAGCCCCCGAUACCUCCUCAUCAACUGCAACGAGGAGAGCAAAGCCUGCAGCGUCUUAAUAAAGCUGCGGGGAACCGACGAUGUGAACGAGGACAUCCAGGAGAUGAGGGAGGAGAGCCAUAAGAUGAUGAGGGAGAAGAAGGUGACCAUCGCAGAGCUGUUCCGCUCCCCCCUCUACCGCCAGCCCAUCAUGGUCGCCAUCAUGCUGCAGCUGUCGCAGCAGCUGUCCGGCAUCAACGCCGUGUUUUACUACUCGACGAGGAUCUUUGAGCGAGCGGGUGUUUCCCAGCCCGUCUUUGCAACCAUCGGUGCCGGAGUGGUCAACGUCGCCUUCACCGUGGUUUCUUUGUUCAUAGUGGAGCGUAUGGGCCGGAGACCCCUCCACCUCACUGGUCUGAUGGGGAUGGCAGUUUCAGCAGUGUUUCUCACCGUUGCCAUGGCGCUGUUGGACCAGCUCAAGUGGAUGUCGUAUGUCAGCGUCGUGGCCAUCUUCAGCUUCGUGGCGUUCUUUGAGAUCGGCCCCGGGCCCAUCCCCUGGUUCAUCGUGGCCGAGCUCUUCAGCCAGGGACCCCGGCCUUCGGCCAUCGCCGUCGCCGGCUUCUCCAACUGGUCUGCCAACUUCCUCGUGGGAAUGUGCUUCCCAUACGUUGAGCAACUUUGUGGCCCGUACGUCUUCGUCAUCUUCAUCGUCCUGCUGCUCGGUUUCUUCGUCUUCACCUACUUCAAGGUGCCGGAAACCAAAGGCCGCAGCUUUGACGAGAUCGCAGCAGGUUUCCGGCACUCCUCCGGCCAGGGUGACAAGUAUUCAGCCGCCGAAGAGUUCAACACCCUCAGGGGGGACGACCCCGACCUCUGAAACCCGCCGUAUGUUUAAGGCGGGGCCAGGCCCCAGACGAGCGGGGGGUCGGCCCACGCCCUGCCACCAUCAAACGCUUGAGACCCCCACAACAACUCAGGCAGAAUAAGAGCAGUGACUUUUGUUUUUUAUAAUGACUCUUUGUUUUCAUUGAACCACAACAACAAAACAGCUACAGUAAGGACAAACACGAAGACAAGAUUUAGUUUAGCGUCCUGAUGUGAUCAUGUGUAAGAGAUGAGAGGAGGAAUAACAGACAACCUGAGAGCAGUAGAAGAAGACUUUCGUUGCACUCGCUAGUCCAACCAAGAGCACAGAUUUCACAUCUAAAACUCGAAUCCAGCUUUACAUGGAUCUGCUCCAGAGGUCACUUUAACUCCAGCAGAGCGUGUCGGACAAGCAGUGCUUCAAAUCCAGCCACUUCUUCAGCAUCCACCGUACUCACAUGUCUCGUUUACUUGCUGCAAAAUGUUGUGAAACAUCAGGAAUCAAUAUGUUUUCAUCUCCAAGCGUAAAACGCUUGUCUGGUGAAGUCCAGCCGUUGAGACUGGUCUGGGAAAACUAGUCACAUCCAUUAGGACAGAACAUCUCCCUCAGAUUAAGAAGCUAUAUUUUUAGGAGCAAUCUUGCAAAGAAAAGCAAAGUGCAAUCAAAAACGUUUGCAGUGUUUUCUCUUCCGUCAGCUGACAGUCUCUGUGGCCCAACACAACGCGGUUCUCCUGGUCUGCAGACGGAGGAGAUGAAAGUUCUUGUAACUUAGAGGGCGUCAUAAAUCCUGAUUAUAGUAAAUAGGCACAUAUAUAGCUUUAACUGUAACAAACACUUCCUGUCCAAAAUAAAAAAGGCACACAAUCGCUAUGCCGACGUUCCGAUGAGCUUCUGCAAUGUCACAAAGUCACAAAGAUCUCUGGAACUCUGGGUAAAUCUGGACUCAUCAGACCACAUGACCCUCUGCCAUUCAUCUGGAGUCCAAUCUUUAUCAUCCUCUAGGAAAUUGAAGCGUUUUUGUCCAGUUGUCCUCGCUGAUAAGUGGUUUAUCAUCUUAUCGGUCCCUUGAGUUUCUUCAUUGUUUGUGUGGAGAUGUUCUUACUUUCAGUGUUAAACACAGCCGUAAAUCGUGCUGUUGUUUUCUUAUGAUCUGAUUUCAACAAACGUUGGAGUGAUCGCUGAUCAAGAUGAUUCAAGAUCCAAAAUCUGACCAAAAUUCUUCCUGAAACAUGAUGGUUCCCCACAAUCCCUCCAGUUUUUAAUACUGCGUUUGACCGUUCUUAACCGCGUUUUAGCAGUUUCAGCUUCAGUCUCCUUAGAGCUUGGUGCCAAUAAUCAAUAAUCUGACCAUUUUUUUGGAUAGGCAGUGUACAAUCACCUCAUUUUUGAUCCUCCAAUAAUAUAUAAAACAAUAAUUUAAAGUUAUAAGAUUGUAAAUAAAACCAAAAACACUGAAAAGAGGAAUAUUUUAAUAUUCAGUCGUCACACGAACUUUUAUAAAACAUCCUUGUGGCACAAAUACAUCAGUUUUCCCAGCCUGCCAUGGAAAAAAAACAACAUGGUAUUAGCUUUUAAAACGUAUUGCCGUGCUGUGAUGCAACAGAACACUUUUAUUAUUUAAAUUGAGAGUUUUAUUGUGAAAGGGAAAGUAUCAGUUUUUCUGAUGGUUGAGCUUCAGCCAGAUCUUUAAAAAACUGUUUCAUCUCAUGUAAGCGUGUCUUUUUUUUUCUCAUAUUCACUGUUUAUUUUACUUUAGCUGUGUAAAGUCUUUUACCACAUUAUCUUUUAUUUACUUUGUCAAUUUUUUGUCUACGUUAUUACUUACAACAGAUUUCUGUUAUGAGCUGUGCAUAAACGUCUUCUUCAGUCUUAAAGUUACUUUACUGUGAAGUUAGUGUGGAUAAAUAAGUGUUUAUUUAAUAUAAUUAACAGUCUGUAUCCCCCUGAUAUUUAUUAUAUUUAAUUGAUAUUUGUAGAGGAUCAAUGUUUUAUACUUAAAAAUGAGAAUUUAAACAUUAAAUGCAGGGGUUGUUAGAUGUUAUAUGUGAAAAUAUUACAAGAAUAAAGGAAGAUAAAGAAUAAAGUCUUCUCCAGAGUGACUGAAGUGUGUAAUGUACGUUUUAUGAAGUGGUUGUGUCCACAGAUGCUGGAUGGUAUUAAAAUAAAAGACAACAUACCUAAGAGUUGG